AUGGCCAACAACACCAGCACCACCACCGAUCUCACCGGCCAACUCCUUGUUACUACCAACUCCUCAUCCCGACUGAACUUCCAGAUUCAAUCAAUAAAUGUCAAGCUCGAUCGGACGGACUUCUCUUUAUGGCGCAAUACUGUUCUCCUGGCGCUUCAAGCCUUUGAGUUGGAGGCUCACAUCCUGACUGAUGACUCGUCUCCUCAAUACAAACCUCAAACCGUCGACGUUACAACUCCUCCCGGGUCGAAUUCAGAGUACAUCACUUGGCGUCAUUGUGACCGCUUUGUACUCCUCUGGCUUCGCUCAACUCUUUCUGAACGUGCACUCGCCACCAUCGUUCGCGCUACCACCGCCCGUCAAGCCUGGACUACCAUUGAUCGAACAUUUAAGGCUCAGUCUCGGGCCCGCCGAAUGGCUCUCAAAAACCAACUUCAAUCUCUCUUGAAGGGCUCUUUAUCCAUCAUUGAGUACUUCGAAAAGAAACGUGCAAUUGCAGAUGCACUUGAUGAGAAUUUUCAACAUAUCUCAAAUGAAGAUCUCACUGGCUAUAUCUUGAACGGACUUGAUAGUUUGUAUGGCCCCUUUAUUACCUCCUUCAUGAUGCGACCCGAAGAGACUAAUGUUGAUGAUUUACUUGGUCUGCUGCUGUUAGAAGAAGAAAGGAUUGAGUAG